AUGGCAGCAGAGAUGGCCGCGGAAAAGCUCGAGGAGCACCCGCCGCGAAAGGAGACGGUGGUCCGCCAGCAAUUCCGACCCUCCAGGUGCUUCUUGCGCUUCCAGCUGGUCUUUGCCUCACCGCCUGCGGACCCCACGACGGCGCCGAUGUUUCAGGUCGCCGUGAACGAGGCGCUCGCGACAUCCUUCGGGACUAUGGGCUCGGGGCUCCUUCAGUGGUCGCUGCUCUCCUUCAACGAGUCGGGGCUCGGCAUCCUGCGCGUGCGCGCCGAGCAGAUGCCUUCACUGCGCUUCGGGCUCACGAUGAUGACUCGAUGUAGCGGCAAGCGUUGCCGCGUCGAUGUGCUCGCAGUG